AUGAACCAGAUGAACGUCGCCGGGAUGAAUCCUGGGCCAGGUGGCCCCGUGGGCGGAGUGCCCAUGAUCAACAACGGUUCGGCGGCUCCCCGCAAUGAGCCUCAGUCCCAGGAGGCCUUAAUCACCCAGCUCAACACGUGUAUCUAUGACUACUUCCUCAAGCGAGGCCACCAUGACUGCGCGAGAGCACUCCUGCAAGAUGAGUCCAUAAAGUUGAACACGGACCCAAACGCGAAAACAAGUCCCGGUAACCGCCGCGACGGCGACGUGAAUGGAGUUGAAUCCGAUGCCACCAUGACGGACAGCAAGGACGGUGAUAAAAUGAAAAUCCCCGACGAUCUUCCUCGUCCCAAUGUCCCCAAUGAUAGCCAGCAGUCCUUCCUUUUUGACUGGUUCAGUCUCUUCUGGGAUAUUUUCUGGGCGCAACGGAAAAAAGGCCUCACUAAUGAAGCUAGGCAAUAUGUUCAGCACACUCAGCAAAUGCUGCGCUUAAGAGAACAACAGCAGAACCAAUUCUUGCGUCAACCGGCGAUGAUGCCCGGCCAAGUGGCUCAGCUUAACAUGCGUCGCAAUGGCGCGAUUCCACCAAGUCUCCAAAAGACUGUUUUACAAAACAACACCGCAGGCUUAACACCCCAGCAAAUGGCUCAAAUUCAGAAAAACCAGCAGGUCCAGAUGAUGCAUCAGAUGCAACGAGAACAUUCAGAUAUGGACAUGAAUGGACAUCGUCCGCAGUCUCCAUCAUCUGCAGAAAAUGCUCCGUCUCCUUCGAAACGACCUCGCCUUGAAGGAUCACAUAUGAACGGACAGCAGAUGGCACCCAAUGGCCGUGGACAAGGUCAGGGUAUGCCAGGACAGCCGAACCCCCAGGCGUUGUUAAUGCAGAAUGGGAUCAACCCGAGAGGAAUGAAUCCCGCACAGUUUCAGGCUUUUCAGCAGUCAGGACCGGCUGCGCAGCAGAAAUCCAUCCAGGUAUAUGCUCAGAACUUGGCUCUUCAUCACUCGCGCUCAGCAAUGAAUAACCAGGGCAUGCCGAACGGUUUGAUGAAUCCCGGUGUCGUGCCAAACCAAAAUGACCUGAUGCCACCCAUGCCGGACGGUCAGGGUCUCCUGCCUAUGGGUGGGGGGGAGUACUAUGGCGCCAACGGCCAGAUGGGUCAGGUCGGACGGCCUGGUGGAAUGCAGACACCUGGCGGUCAGAACGGCAACCAUGCUCUCCAGGAUUAUCAAAUGCAGCUCAUGCUGCUCGAGCAGCAGAAUAAGCGACGUUUGAUGAUGGCUCGGCAAGAGCAGGAUAGCAUGGCGCGUGCUGACGGCCAGCCCCCAAUGCCAGGGCAGCAGGGGUUGCCUCCAGGCACCUCGCCCCAGGGCAGCAGGGCGGGAACGUCUCCGAACCCAAGCGACCAGAUGAAGAGGGGAACUCCGAAAAUGCCCCAAACUGGUCUGCCAGGCUCCCCAAGCGCCGGUGAAGGCAUGCAGGGCCGCGGCUCCCCGGCAUCCAUGAAUUUUAAUAAUGGUGGUCAGAUGCCGCCGGAGAUGGGCGCUCCUUUCUUCAUGAAACCGGAUGGCAUGGUUGGUCCUAAUAUGCGACCCCCAAGCUCCAAUCCGGGUUUCAGUGGUCCUCAGAUGGGCCAGUCUGUGGAUGCCAUGGGCCGACCACAGCAGCAGGCUGGAGCAGGCAACCGGGUGCCCAGCGGUAACUGGCAGCCGCAGCAGCAACAAGGCCAGCAGGGACAGCCGAUGGUGCCCCAGCAGUCGCCCGCAAACCAGCCUCAGCCGACUGGGACGCCCCAGGAAAGGAACGCGAUGCCACCUCCUCAGGCUCCGCCCGCUGGGGGUGCCAAUAAGCCCGCCUCGCCUCAAUCCGGUGCGGCGCCGCCGACACCUCAGCAAGCGAACAAGCCGGCUCCGAAAGGAAAGAAAGAUGCCAAAGAUAACCGGAAGCGGCCUUCAAAGAAGGCAACCACUGCUCCGAAUGCGAACACCGCCGCGACCCCGUCCUCCGAAGCGGAACCCCCCCCUACACCGACGCCUUCGACCCCGAUUACUCCUCAGCACCCCAACUCCUUCAACAAGACGGGAACGAGCGCAACGACUUCGACCCAGCAACAGCCGACGUCGGCUCCGGCUCCUCAGCAGCCCAUGGUUCAGCAGCAGCAGCAACAGCAACAGCAACAGCAGCAACAGCAGCAGCAACAACAGCAGCAGCAGCCACAACAGCAGCAACAGCAGCCAGAUCCGAACCAGCAAUCAUUUAAUGACCUCAAUAUCCCAGAUGCUUCAACUUUCAAUCUCGAUUUUAGCGCUCUGGAGAAUCCAGAUAUUCUGGAGAAUUUCGACUUCGACACAUUCCUCAAUACCGACGCUGAUACCGCGGGAUUUGGAUUUGACCCGAAUAUUUCAUACCCAACUGAUAGUGUCGAAACCGGUGCUGGAGAUGGGUUGUGA